GCACGAUCACACCUUAUAUACACGAUGGACCUAACAAAAGAGAACGCUUGUUAACACUUGCAAUACUAUUGAUUCAACGGUGACGAGGAUACAGCAAAAUGGAUCAUGAGAAUUUGGACUCCCUGCCCCCCUUCCCAGAUGACGUUCCAACCAUACUGUUGGAUCGCUUGUCGUUGACAAAACUUCUUCGGUAUGACAGCGAUGAGUAUAGGAAAUUCUGCCGUGCAUGCGAAAAUAUUGGAUUCUUUUACCUGGAUCUCCGCAACGAAGGGCAGGGUGACUCAAUCCUUUCGGAUGCCGACGAAUUAUUCAAGAUUAGCGAGCAACUAUUUGCAUUAGACUUUGAGGAAAAGUCAAAGUACGAUCACAGCAAGAAGAGGUCAUACUACGGAUACAAACCUCUUGGAGCGGGUCAGGUUGAUGAGAAGGGGAAUCUGGAUAGCGUUGAGUUCUACAAUAUUGCUAAAGAUGAUCUAUUCGGAAUAAUGGAGCCGCUUCCACAGCCGGAUAUCAUUCAAAACAACAGAUAUAAGCUCAAGACCUUCGUUACAAAUGCCCACGCAAUUGUGAGACUUGUCCUGGACCUCCUGAACGAACAUCUACAGCUGCCACCAUCGACUCUUGCAAACAUGCAUUGCAUCGACCAACACAGCGGCGAUCAGAUCCGAAUGACUCGAUCCCCGCCACAGCCCAUGAACGACGGCGUUCCACGUCUCGCCGGACAUACUGAUUUCGGUAGCAUCACUGUCUUAUUCAAUCGUCUCGGCGGUCUCCAAGUCCUGCCACCAGGUCCAGAUGCGGAGUGGAAAUGGGUCAAACCUCUUCCUGGUCAUUGCAUAAUUAAUCUCGGCGAUUCUUUGGUCAAGUUUACGAAUGGGUUGCUGCGAUCAAACAUACAUAGGGUGAUAUCAUCUCCAGGUGAGCAAGCGAGAUCGACAAGGUAUAGCCUGGUAUAUUUCUCCCGGCCGGAAGACAAUGUUCUUUUGAAGAGAUUGGAAGGGUCAGCUGUUAUUCCUCCGUUACCUGAAGGCGUGGUAGAGGAAGACGUCAGCAGCAAGGACUGGGUUAUACGACGUGCUUUGGCGAAUCGUACUAAUCUUCAUGAUAAAGUGAAUAUGGAGAGUGCUUUGGGGACGGAGAAGAUUAGUCGGCGGAUCAAGGUGUAAUUGGGAUCAUUGUACUGUAGUAGAGUUCCUUAGUACAUACAAAAAUA